UGCGGUCAGUAAAUGUGUUUCGCACGUGAGCUGGCGGAUAUCACAGGUCGUUGUCAGCAAUUAGUAAGCACCCUGUAUCUGCGCUACGCGUCUCUGGACCAACGACGCGUUAAGCGGAUCUGGUCUCGAGAAAGCAACGUCCAGACUGCGGAGGCCAAACAACUUCGGCCACCACCACAUGGCACUGGACAUACACCAAUUCCCUUUCCCAGGAACAGCACUGAAGCAAGAUGCGCCGUACCUAUGACAAAGAACAACCUUAGCCGCAGUCUCGCCUGGCUUCUGCAAAACCCACACUCAUUUGGUUCAUUGACGCAUAUUUCUGCCGUUCCUGAUGCAGUUGUUGGCGAGGAAAAUGAGGACGUUCCCACGGAUGCUGAAAUGGCAAGAUUGCAAUUGGCACCUCAGAUUCCACCGAGGACGAAGCUCCUUUCGCAGUUGAACCACGCCAACGGUUUGCCAACUCCCGACCCUUCUCGAGCCUCCGAAGUCCGCGAGCAGACACCGAAAAGUGCAAGGCGGAAUCGUCCGGGCAACGCCGAUGCUCGAUCCGUUGUACGCCCACGGUCCCCAACGACCACCUUCGACGACAUCAAAUUUGACGAUUCUAAUGAUAUUUUCGACAUUGACGAUAUCGACAUCACGGGAGAGGACCUUACGACUUCUUCGUUCGACGAAUUUGGUCCCCCAACACGACUAUGGCGAGAAGAUUCUGCAAGCCGGGUCGAGCCUUUACCGAAAAAGAAAGGAAAGAAACGGAAGAGCGAGGAGUUUCAGGAGGAUCUUUUCUCUCCCAGAUCUGCCCGCAGUACGAAGAAGCGUAUAGAUAAGGCCACGCCUCGGUCGGAAUAUCCUUUGCGUGGAAGUCAAAACCGGAUAUUGGAGGAGGGUGAUGUCGGGACGAGCACUGUUUCAAGCCCAUCCAAGUCUUGUCGGACGAAGAAAGCGGUGAAGGAACAAAAUACAGUCCCGGAUAUCGACUUGGGAGAUAUACCCGAAGACCCCGGCUCUCCUCCUAUUGUGCAUCUCGCUACCGAUAGGCCUACAGCACACAAACCCUCUCAAGGCGGUCGUAGCCAGAGGCUCCGGAAUGUUGUGCCCGAUUCAGACGAAGAAGAUCAAGUUUUUCUUGAAUUGCAUUCGAACCCGAACCCACCAGCAGGUCGCAAUCUGAAAUUGAGGGACACUCAUUCCCAGAAUGCUGUUGGCUCUCAGGGUUCUGGAAGACGACCUGGCGACUCUGCGCUCUCACCUCCAAAGCGGCUUACACAGAGCAGCACUGUAUCACCAAAAAGGCCUCCUCCUCUGCCUUCUCCAGCUGUGUUGCCCGCGAAACCCACUCCGAGGCAUGACGAGCCACUGAAAAGUAGCUGUUCAAGUACAGACCUCUCUGGCCCUCUGAGCCAAGACCAGAAACAAAUCGUGAGCAGUUUCGUUCUCAAAGGACGAGAACAGUGCCAGGCGCUCUUGGAACGGUUGGAAAAUUCAAAGAAAGUCGUGAACCGCGAGAUUAUGGAGGCCAUGUGCGAGCACAACUUCGCUCCCGAACCGCUGAAACAACAGAAGAAGACAAUCGAUGCAAAAAUUACUGCGACUGCACAAUUGCUAGAGGAGCAUACUGUGAUAUCAAAACUUCGGGAUCAACGGAUGCAAAUGCUUCAACAACGCGAUGAGCUUGAGGAAGCCGGUCAUGAGAUAGAUCCGGAUGAUCCCACGAACGUGCUGGUACUGCUUUGUAUGGACAUCAACCGCAUCAAACAUGAGAUCGAAGCUCGGGAGGCUGUUGUGUUCAGCCUGCUACAACAGGCUGGAGUGUCUACACCAAACUGCGGGCCGACUGAGACCACCUGGCAGCGUACUUCAGUAAAUUCCUUGGAAGAAGUAUCUGAGCAGCAAAUCUUGGUUGCUUCAACACCAAAAGUACCCCAGCAUAUCUCUCCUCAUUCAAGGGACUAUACCUACCAACCGACCCAAUCCGUCGUCCAGACACCGUUUACAAAGCGAUCCGAGUCUCUGCGUAUCGAUGCACAUGCACCAAGCCCGGUAAUGUCGCCUGGUUAUUCUCCCAGGCGGUCCAAACAAUCCGCAAUGCCGCCUCCGAGGGUAAUCCAAGUUGAACCCACGGCCAAAAUCACAGAGUCUCCAAGCCGGCGCUGGAAUAUGCCGGGUGACGACGAUCGUAUGAUCGAGGGAGGAUUCUCAAGGACGGUUGCAAGCCCAGAUAUAUCUCUUCACGAUGACGAUUUUGAGGACGACAUUGACGAUGAAGAAAUGUUUAAAAUGGUGGAGGAAUUCGAGCAAAAUCUAUCAACACAUAAGUCGACCGCUACUUCCCGUCGAAGCGAUCGAGUUCCUCUCAGUGAAGUCAGUGACAAUCUCCGCAGAGCGUCGCCAAAAAAGGCCCCUGCAACGCUUGCAAGUGCGACAAAUUCAUCCUUGAUGCAGCAUCCGUGGUCGAAGGAUGUGGCGUUAGUGCUGAAGAAGAAAUUCCACCUACGAGGAUUCCGUCACAACCAACUGGAAGCCAUCAACGCCACGUUGAGUGGAAAAGAUGCGUUUGUGUUGAUGCCCACCGGAGGUGGGAAAUCCCUCUGCUAUCAGCUCCCGGCGGUGGUCCAAAGUGGCCACACACGUGGCGUCACUAUCGUGAUCUCCCCAUUGUUGAGCCUGAUGCAGGACCAAGUAGAGCACCUGAAAGCGCUGAACAUCCAAGCCCAACUGAUCAAUGGGGAAACCACAGUGGCGCACCGGAAGACUAUCCUGGAUCACCUGAGGGGUGAUAGCCCACAUGAUUUCGUUCAGCUUCUGUAUGUGACGCCUGAGAUGGUGAACCAAAAUCAGACCUUCGUCCGUGCUUUUGAGGGGUUGCAUUCCCGCUGUCUGUUGGCCCGUAUCGUGAUCGAUGAGGCACACUGUGUAAGCCAGUGGGGACACGACUUUCGACCAGACUACAAAGCACUCGGAGAGUUCCGCAGUCGGUUCAACGCUGUGCCGGUCAUGGCAUUGACAGCAACAGCCACGGAAAAUGUCAAAUUUGAUGUCAUGCAGGUCCUCGGCAUGGAGAACUGUGAAGUGUUUACUCAAAGCUUCAAUCGACCAAAUCUUACGUACGAAGUCAGGCCGAAGGGCAAGGGCAGAGCUGUGCUUGAUAGUAUAGCCGACCUUAUCAAGUCAACUUAUGAUGGCCAAGCGGGGAUCGUCUAUUGUCUGUCGCGGAAGAAUUGCGAAAGCGUGGCGACACAGCUAAGGAAGGAGUAUCAUAUUGAGGCACAGCACUAUCAUGCUGGCAUACCCUCCGGAAAAAGGAUCGAAAUUCAGCAGAAAUGGCAAGAAGGGGAAUUUAACGUGAUCGUGGCUACCAUUGCCUUCGGCAUGGGUAUUGACAAGCCAGACGUCCGCUUUGUCAUCCAUCACACAAUCCCCAAGAGUUUGGAAGGUUACUAUCAGGAGACUGGGCGGGCUGGUCGAGAUGGUAACCAAUCAGGGUGCUACCUUUACUACGGUUAUGGCGACACAGCGUCUUUGAAACAUAUGAUCGAGAAUGGAGACGGCAGCCCGCAACAGAAAGAGCACCAAAAGCAGCUAUUGCGGAAUGUGGUACAAUUUUGCGAGAAUCGGAGUGACUGUCGUCGGCUUCAAGUGCUUGACUACUUCAAUGAAAGGUUUGACCCUAGGGAUUGUAGGAAUGGAUGCGACAACUGCGCGUCCACCAGCACAUUCGAAACGCACGACUUCUCCGAACACGCCAAAAAUGCCAUGAAGCUUGUCCAGCGCCUGCAACGAAGCGAAGUCACAGUCCUGCAUUGCGCAGAUGUGUACCGUGGAGCGAAACCGAACAAGAAAAUGCUGGAGGGCGGGCACAAUAUGAUUCCCGAAUAUGGAUUGGGGGCCGAGUUGGCAAGAGGCGACGUGGAGCGGCUUUUCUACCGUCUCAUCGCUGAAGACGCAUUAUUGCAGUACAACAAGCAGAAUACUAGUGGCUUUGCCACACAGUAUGUUCAGCUUGGGCCAAAGUGUCGCGAUUUCCUGCACGGUCGACGACCGCUAAAAAUACAAGUGCUGGUUUCACCCCGGGGCAAGCCCAAAUCAAACGGUCCAGCCACAAAGGGUCGAAGCAAAGCCCAACGGUCGACCAAAAAGGCACUUGCGGAUGACUAUCCGGCCUCUACCAACGUCUCGUCCCCCAUUCAACCCCGAGCACGUCGCAAAAUUGUUCGAAGAGAUCAGUUGUCCGACGAGUCGGAGGAAGAGGUUGACAGCACAUCGAGCGAGGAGGAAGAAGCAUAUGCUCCGCGUCGGGUAAACAAGAAACCUGCCUUGGGACCGCCAAUAACAGCGGACCAGGACAUUGGAUCGCUCAAUCCAAUCCACCAGCAUAUUUUGGAAGACUUCAUAGAGAAGGCUAAGAAGGAGGUUGACCGUCAAGUCAUUGCGAAAAACCUCCGACAGAAGCCUGUAACCGACAGGGUCCUUAGACAAAUCGCUGUCCAAUUUCCACAGACUGAUGAAGAACUCCUGGAGAUCACUGGGCUGAACCCUGAAAUGUUCCGGUUAUUCGGCCCACCGUUACUUCAACUGAUCAAGCUGGCUUAUGACAACUAUGAGGCCAUUAUGCGAGCGCAGGAAGGUCGGCCUGAUGAUCCUAACCAUCGCACAGUGGUCGAGAUCAGCGAUGACGACGGCGAGGAAGCAGGGCUCUUACAAAGCGACCUAGAUGAGGAUGAUACCGAGGACAGUCACUACUUCAAUAGUAUACCUGACGCCGUCCGCCAGUUCAACGAGCAGAUGUCUCAGACACCUACCUUCAGCACUAAGGCCCAGAAGAGUGAUACGAAGAAGUCCAGAUCGGGCUCGUGGACACGGCGAGGAUCUCGCGGGUCAAAGCGCAGCAGUGGCAGUACUAGGGGCAGAGUGAAAGGCACUGGCGGUAUUGCAAGGAAGAAAAAGAGCGCAUCUAGUGCUCGUUCAAGUACCAACACUUUAGGGCUGGGCAGCUUCGCAUCCAAGAGCAGCAAAAGUGGCCGCGGUGGAGGAGGGAUUGGAAUGAUGCCGACAUGAACUAGACAGCUAUAUCAUGGUAUGUGGUUGGGAUUGAUGAUGAUAUCCACAGCGGAAACAGUACCUACUGUCAUGAGGGUUGCAUGCUAUACAGUGAGUAUGCUUUUGGUUUGUGUAUGUGUGCAGUCUUCUCGUGGGCAAACAUGCAUUUCCUCUGUCGAGUCUUAUUUUUCAUCCGAGUCUUCUGACAGCUUGAUACAAUCUCAGUCAAGUUGAAGUUCUGCCUCGUUCGUCCUGCCCUUCAAGUUUGAGUUGCUGGAUGUUUCCCCUGUUCCUUCCCAGCCUGAUCGAUGCCAAGCACCAGACGCGCUCCUUCCACUGCAGUAACCCACGCAACAAAACACUGGCACUG